GGCUGUCAACGAGGUACCGCCCACUGACUCGCCUGCUGGCCCCUGGAAGCGUGGGGCUGGGCGCGGCGCCAGGCCAGGGUAGGGGCGGAGCGAGGCUGGGACUGGCUGGGGGCGGCCCCGCCCGGCGCCGGGGCCUUCGCGCGGGCCCCCGGGGAGGAGUUAUGAUAAUUUCCUUCUCAUUAAGCGCUCGGGUCUCCCGGCUAUUGCCGGGACGCACAGUUCGGGCGCGGCUUUCCCGGUCCUAGGCAGCGGCCUCUACACUUGCGGCGGGAGCAUCUACGCUCUCAGAGACGCCGAUGCGCGUCCAGUGACCAGGCCAGCAAGGCCCGCGCGCGGCCGGGGCAGCGGCACACGCCUGGUCACCGUGACCCCGAUUUUGGAUUUACCGCUCGGGGGGUGGGGGGAGCCUGGAUUUAACUGGCGACUGUUUUGGGGGACGCCGGACGCCAUGUUGUGGAAAAUAACCGAUAAUGUCAAGUAUGAAGAGGACUGCGAGGAUCGCCACGACGCGAGCAGCAAUGGGAACCCGCGAAUCCCCCACCUCUCCUCGGCCGGGCAGCACCUCUACAGCCCCGCACCGCCACUCUCCCACACUGGAGUCGCCGAAUACCAGCCGCCACCUUACUUUCCACCGCCCUACCAGCAGCUGGCUUACUCGCAGUCGGCCGACCCCUACUCGCAUCUUGGGGAGGCAUACGCUGCGGCCAUCAACCCCCUGCACCAGCCCGCGCCCGCCGGCAGCCAGCAGCAGGCCUGGCCAGGCCGCCAGAGCCAGGAGGGAGCGGGCCUGCCCUCGCACCAUGGGCGCCCGGCCGGCCUGCUGCCCCACCUCUCCGGACUGGAGGGCGGUGCGGUGAGCGCCCGCAGGGAUGCCUACCGCCGCUCCGACCUGCUGCUGCCGCACGCGCACGCCCUGGACGCCGCGGGGCUGGCGGAGAACCUGGGGCUGCACGACAUGGCGCACCAGAUGGAGGAGGUGCAGAAUGUCGAAGACCAGCAUUUGCUGCUGCAUGAUCAGACUGUUAUUCGCAAAGGUCCUAUUUCGAUGACCAAGAACCCUCUAAACCUCCCUUGUCAGAAGGAGCUGGUGGGAGCCGUGAUGAACCCUAGUGAGGUCUUCUGCUCAGUCCCUGGAAGAUUGUCCCUGUUAAGCUCCACAUCUAAAUAUAAAGUAACAGUGGCUGAAGUACAGAGGCGAUUGUCCCCUCCUGAAUGCUUAAAUGCCUCAUUACUGGGAGGUGUUCUCAGAAGAGCCAAAUCAAAAAAUGGAGGCCGGUCCUUGCGGGAGAAGUUGGACAAGAUUGGGUUGAAUCUUCCAGCCGGCAGACGGAAAGCUGCUCACGUGACUCUCCUGACAUCUUUAGUAGAAGGUGAAGCCGUUCAUUUGGCUCGGGACUUUGCGUAUGUCUGUGAAGCUGAAUUCCCUAGCAAACCCGUGGCAGAAUAUUUAACCAGACCCCACCUUGGAGGACGAAAUGAGAUGGCAGCGAGGAAGAACAUGCUGCUGGCGGCCCAGCAAGUGUGUAAGGAAUUCACAGACCUUCUCAAUCAAGACCGGACGCCCAACGGAAACAGCAGGCCCACCCCAGUCCUGGAGACCAACAUACAGAACUGCUUGUCUCACUUCAGCCUGAUCACCCACGGGUUUGGCAGCCAGGCCAUCUGUGCUGCUGUGUCUGCCCUGCAGAACUACAUCAAAGAAGCCCUGAUAACCAUAGACAAAUCCUACAUGAACCCCGGAGAUCAGAGUCCAGCGGAUUCUAACAAAACCCUGGAGAAGAUGGAGAAGCACAGGAAAUAAAAUUAGGGAUGAACAAAGGACCUGAGAGUCAGGAAGGAAAUCCUCUCAACCCUUGGCCCGGGGGAAGUUUUUUAUCUACCUUACUAUUAAAAAGGCCUCCCUUGGUUUCUGGAUUCUGGAUUGGCAGCGAUGGUCUUGCACGCCCUCCUGGAUUCCUUAGUUGUUUCUCUAGCUCUGCAGUGUCUUCUAACUUUGAACGUUAUCUGAAGGUGACAAGUACUGGUUCUUUUACUCAUUAAACUUUUUUGUUUUUUUAAAACCCUAUUCUUUUCUCUGAAAGUGGUGCUAUAAGUUCUAGAACCUUUUAACAUAAAUUCUCUGGGCUAACAACAAAAAGAAUACACACACACUUAAGUCAUUGAAAUGUCAGUGUCAAAUCGAGGCCAGGCAUGGCUCAUGCCUGAAAUCCCAGCACUCUGGGAGGCUGAGGCUUGUGGCUCACCUGAGCUCAGGAGUUUGAGACCAGCCUGAGCAAGACCUCUUCUCUAAAAUUAGCUGGGUGUUGUGGCAGGCACCUGUAGCCCCAGCUGCUACAUGUGCUCCAGAUCAAACAUAACUUUUUUUCAGUGUUAAGGCAACGGCUGGUUUUUAUGUUGAGGAUAUUUACCUAAAGAAAAAGUAUUUAUCCAGCUUCUUUUGGAGAUUAAAUCCUCCAGUAGGAGGCAAAGGUUCUGUCUGUUUAGCAAUUAUUUAAUAGGAGGUAUCUGACACACUUUAAAACCCGUGUUCAAAGGGGCCCUUCUGGUUUUAGCAAACUUGUAGAAACAAAGCCUGCUGAUUUUUUUUUCUUUUCUUUUUUUUUUUUUAACUUUGAAAGUUAACUCCUUAAGUAGGAGACUCUUUAAAAUGACAUGAUCCUUUAAGGUAUUGAAGCUUUAUUUGAAUAUUUAUUUCAGAUGUUUUGAGUAAACUUGAAAAGGGUAGGCAUGAAGCAUUUUGUUUGCUGCCUGUCGUCCCCAAGUCCCCGUGGAGGCUCUGUAUUUUGAGAAACAGUGCGUUGAGUGUACAGAUUUUAUUUAUGCAUAAUUUAAUGGGGUCUGUAAAUACUGGUGCACUUCUUAUGACUUUUUGAGAAAUGGGAUUCGAUUUUAAUAUUAAACUUUGAACGGUGUUGGGGUAAUCUAUAGCACAUCUUAAGGUUUUAUUCAUAUGUACACAGGGUAUUAAGAAUUAGGAGGAUGCUGUUUUUGGAAUGGAAGAUUCUAUUUAAUUGAAGCUCUCUGUUCAGAAAGCAAUAACGUGUCUUGUUCCUGUUGGGGUAAACCCUGAGAUGAGUGUGCAGUGUGUGUGGGUGGAGUGAAGAUUUGGAAUUGAACUCCAUACCUGUAAAUGUUCCCCCAGUAAUUGUUGUGUGUAUGAUACCUGUACAAUAAAAGUAUUCUGGAUAGAAUAUG